UUUCUCUAACUAAGCUUAUUCUUCACCAACAUAACUCACAUGCAUAUAUAUCUCUCUUGUUCUUCUUCUUCUUUCUACCUCACUUCAACAAAUCAAAACUUAAUUAUAUAGUGUACCUUAUCUGCCACCGCCGGCCAAGGAAAGAUGGACUUAUCAACGGCGGCGAUGAUCCUCUCCUUCGUAGCGGCCUACUUCCUUUGGUUCCGAUCCGUCGUCACCGUCUCCUUAAAGGGCCCGAGAGUGUGGCCGGUCAUCGGCAGCUUGCCGGGCCUCAUCGCAAACAGCCACCGUAUGCACGACUGGAUCGCCGAAAACCUCCGCGCCUGCGGCGGUACGUACCAGACCUGCAUUUGCGCCGUCCCCUUUCUUGCCCGGAAGCAAGGGCUCGUCACCGUCACGUGCCACCCCAAGAAUUUGGAGCACAUUUUGAAGGUCAGGUUUGACAACUACCCGAAGGGUCCGACGUGGCAAGCGGUCUUCCACGAUCUGUUGGGAGAAGGCAUUUUUAACUCCGAUGGUGACACGUGGCUGUUCCAGCGUAGAACCGCCGCGCUGGAAUUCACGACGCGGACGCUCCGGCAAGCCAUGUCACGGUGGGUCAGCCGGGCGAUAAAAACGAGGUUCUGUCCGAUCCUAAAGGCGGCUGAGCUGGAGGGGAAAGCGGUGGAUCUUCAAGACCUACUUCUGCGGAUCACUUUCGAUAACAUUUGCGGCUUGGCUUUUGGUAAGGACCCGCAGACCCUGUCUCCGGGCCUGCCGGAAAACGGCUUCGCCUCGGCUUUCGACCGAGCCACCGAAGCCACGCUGCAGCGGUUCAUUCUGCCGGAGUUCGUCUGGAAGCUCAGAAAGUGGCUUGGGAUGGGAAUGGAAGUUGACUUGAAAAGCAGCUUGAAACACGUUGACCAAUAUUUGACUGACGUCAUCAGUACACGUAAGCUCGAGCUGGUGAGUCAGCAGCAGGAAAGCAGGGCAGAACACGACGACCUCCUGUCCAGGUUCAUGAAGAAAAAGGAGUCCUACAGCGACAAGUUCCUACAACACGUGGCACUCAAUUUUAUCCUAGCUGGACGUGACACGUCAUCAGUCGCAAUGAGUUGGUUCUUCUGGCUGGUCAGCAUGAACCCGCGCGUGGAGGAGAAAAUUCUUAGCGAACUCUGCAACGUCCUGACUGAGACACGUGGAACUGACACAUCCACAUGGCUCGAAGACCCUCUGGUCUUUGACGAGGUUGACCGUCUGAUAUACCUGAAGGCGGCUUUGUCAGAGACCCUCCGUCUCUACCCGUCGGUGCCGGAGGACUCAAAACACGUGAUCAACGACGACGUUUUACCCGACGGAACGUUCGUUCCGGCGGGCUCGAACAUCACGUAUUCGAUAUACUCGAGCGGGAGGAUGAAGUUCAUAUGGGGAGAAGACUGCCUCGAGUUUAAGCCGGAGAGGUGGCUGUCGAAAGAUGAGAAAAAGUUCGAACUCGACGACCAAUAUAGGUUCGUGGCAUUCAACGCCGGUCCGAGGAUAUGUUUGGGCAAGAACUUGGCUUAUUUGCAAAUGAAGUCCAUCACGGCGGCGGUGCUGCUCCGCCACCAGAUCAAGGUGGCUCCGAAACACAGGGUGGAGCAGAAGAUGUCACUUACUCUGUUCAUGAAGUAUGGUCUUCUGGUCAACGUCUUCCCCAGAGACUUGGCGCCGAUCAUUGCCAAAAUUGGGAAUGGUUGUGAUGGUCAAACCGUGACAGUAAGCGGAGCAGCUUAAUUUAUUUUGAAACAAUUAAACUAAUUUACUAAGAUUUGUAAUUUGUGAAUUUUAGUGACAGUCAUAUUGUUUGGACGGUCCAAUAUAUCGGAUACUGUCAAAUUUAUAUUUAUACACAUAAAACAGAAUAAUCUAUACGAAUUGAAGUAUAAUGUAUUAACUGAUACUUAGUACUCGUAUUUAUAUUCUUUAAAAGAAAUAUAGGAAUGAAUGUAUGCUCCUUUUCAUUUUCCAAUAUAAAGCGAAUGAAAAUGGAUAUUUUAAAAUGAUUUGAGAAGUUAUUGAUUACAAUUAUUAUGAGCAAAUGAGAAGUGAUAUGGG